CCUUAACCUUAACCCCGGAAAUGCGCAAAACUCGUUGCGGAGGAAAUCCUUUGGAGGAAGGGAAUCGCGUGUCGUCGAUGCGGCGCAACCGCCCCAGAGUGGCGCGUCAAUCGAUCAGCCCUUUUCCGUAGCGUACAAACAGACAUAAGCUGCUGGCGUUCCUUGAAGCGAUUACACACUCGCCCUUCUUCGAUUUUCGCGUGCGCAAUUUACCAACGUUUUUGGCGGCGGAGGCAGUCUCAACAUCGGAGGGAAAACGUUAAAAUUGCUCCAACGAGGAAUAGGUUUUCCGGUGUGCUGCAAGAGCCGGCAGCAGGACGCUUUGCAAAGUGUACCCGAGUCCGGGCUCGGCCCGCAGCGUCUGGGCCUUGCCGCAGACGUCCUGCAGCAUGGUGGCCGACACCGACCAUCCUGCUGCCUCCGUCACCAGAGACUCGAACCUCACAGAAGCUGACAUUACCGACCAGACACAGAAAAGUAUCUUUGAUGUUGUCAAAACGGGGGAGGUAUCGGACAUUGAAGAUCUCGUCGAAAAAGUCGGUACCCAGGUGUUGCGCGCGCGAGAUGAAUGGGGCUAUACUCCUGCCCAUUGGGCUGCUCUGGAUGGGAACGUGGAGAUUAUGAGAUACCUGGUGGACAGAGGUGCACCGAUUGAUCUGUCCUGCCUGGGGACUCAAGGCCCGAGACCAAUACACUGGGCUUGUCGAAAGGGUCACGCCGCUGUAGUUCAGGUGCUUUUGCAAGCGGGAGUUGCCGUUAAUGCGGCUGAUUUUAAAGGAUUAACACCUUUAAUGACCGCUUCGAUGUUCGGCAGGACAGCCACGGCGGCUUUCCUUUUAGGUAUGGGUGCUAUGAACCACUUAGUUGAUAUAAAUGGAGAUACGGCGCUCCAUUGGGCGGCGUACAAAGGACAUGCCGAUUUAAUCCGUCUUCUCAUGUAUUCUGGUGCUAAUUUGCAACAACCAGAUCACUUUGGUUCGACUCCGCUGCAUUUAGCGUGCCUUUCUGGAAGUGUAGCUUGCGUUAAAAUACUGUGCGAGAAAAGUAACAUAGAUUUGGAGCCUUUGGAUAAGAAUGAUAAGACUCCUCUGAUGCUAGCGCAAAGUCACAGACAUGGAGAAAUUAUGCAAGUGCUGCACACGGAGAAGAAGCGACGCAGCAGCUGGUUUCCGCCGAUUAAUGAAGUUUGGGGUUUGAUAUUCGGACGAGCUGGCAAUUCUAAAGCGCCUUUAAUUUUUUUUAUGGCUUCGGUGCUACUUUGGGGAUACCCGAUGUAUAUCAUCAGGGUCGUUCCAGUUACUUGGAAUAUCUUGCGGGCUUCGCAUUACAUCUUCAUUUAUUGGAACAUCGUAAUGUGGGUCUGCUGGGUGAUCGCUAAUCGUAAGGAUCCCGGUUACGUGCCUAUGAGUUCGGAAUCUUAUUAUAGAGCAAUAAAGCAGAUUCCCUAUUUCGAUAAGUGGAAGAAGCGUAAUGCUAUAUUAAACAGGCUGUGUCACACCUGCAGAUGUCUGAGACCGCUGAGGGCUAAGCACUGCAGGAUUUGCAAUAGAUGCGUGUCUUAUUUUGACCAUCACUGUCCAUUUAUUUACAACUGCAUCGGUCUGCGAAACAGAUCGUGGUUCUUUUUGUUCGUCGUCAGCGUUGCCAUUAACUGUUCGAUAACCAUUUACUUUGCCACCUAUUGCAUUGCGAUCGAAGGCUUCGGCAUCAUGUAUGUGCUUGGUUUGAUUGAAGCCUUUGUAUUCUCGGGACUCGGAUGGAUAUUAACCUGCACAUCUGUGUUGCAUGCUUGCAUGAAUCUUACAACCAACGAAAUGUUCAAUUACAAACGUUACGCUUACCUUAGGGACAAGCGCGGGAGGUACUUCAAUCCGUUCUCCCGUGGCCCCAUUCUAAAUUUAAUCGAGUUUUUCUUUUGCACGCCCGAUGAGUUUGACGAUGAUUAUUACGAAUUUAUAUGAUACAAAUAUUGCAGUACCGUUAAAUACGCUAAAAAAUGACGAAAUUUAUGCGAUCUCUAAUUUUCCAUUAUCUGUUAUGUUUUUCUACAAUUACCGAUUACUCUUUAAGUCGUUGACGCGCCGUUCUGGUGUUCAUUAAAAAUAAGAUUAAUAAAAUAUUUUCACUCUAAAAGAUAUUUUUUUUUAUUACUAACUAGUACCUAUUAUUAUAAUAAUUAAUUAAUAUAUAAUAAACACAAUAAGCGCCAUUACAAAGGAUAAGCAAUACAAUUUUCUUACAAUAAGACAACCAUGAGCAGUUAAUGUUAUAUAAAAUAUUUAUUGUUAA